AUGCAGAAUAUAUGCGUUUUUGUAAGAUUAAAUUUCAAGAAGUCAAGAAAAUUGCACUAGAUCAUCAUUCUACCAACAUUGAGAGAUAUCAUUUAACAUCGCACAACGGAUUGUCGGCCCUGAAAGCGAAGUGGACCGCAUCUGGACGCAGGGUCGUGCGGCCCGGUUAUUUGGAUACGUUUGUGGUUAUCAAGUUUGACAAUAAACAUCGGGCCGUGUUGUAUGACUUGGAGUUAACGAUUCGCCAGCAUGGGUGGGUUACUCAGUUAUUUUCGUAAUCUACUCGGUAGUCGUGAGAUGCGCAUUCUUAUUCUUGGUCUGGACGGUGCCGGCAAGACUACGAUUUUGUACAGGUUGCAAGUAGGCGAAGUAGUAACUACGAUACCAACCAUAGGGUUCAAUGUAGAACAAGUUACUUACAAAAAUUUAAAGUUCCAAGUAUGGGAUCUAGGUGGUCAGACGAGUAUACGACCAUACUGGAGGUGUUACUAUUCAAAUACAGAUGCGAUAAUUUAUGUAGUAGAUUCAGCAGAUAGAGAUAGAAUAGGCAUAUCAAAAGAUGAAUUAAUUCUCAUGUUACAAGAAGAAGAACUACAAGGUGCAAUCUUGGUGGUAUUAGCGAAUAAACAGGAUAUGGCAGGAUGCCUUAGUGUCGCAGAAGUCCAUCAAGCACUUGGAUUGGAUGCUCUUAAAAAUAGAACCUUUCAAAUAUUUAAGACUUCCGCGACGAAGGGCGAAGGGCUCGAUCAAGCAAUGGAUUGGUUGUCAAAUGCACUGCAGAGUAGAAAAUGAUUAAUAUUACAUCAGUGUAAUUCAUAUUUGAGCCUUACAAGGGGACUAGUCAUAAGACUGUCACUUUGAAUGUGUUACUGGAUUGCCACCAGACACAAUGUUCUGUUUAUUUAUUGUAAUUAUUUUAUUUUAAUAUCUUUUGCAAUUUAUACAGCAAAAGUAUUUGCAAAAUCACUGUAUUUUCCAUAAUGCUGUGCGCAAUAAGGGAAUUAUAUUUUAUCUUUCUAUGUGUGAUUUAAAAUAUAACUCUUUAGAGAA